AUGGCCGGGGAGCAGCCGGGACUCUCGGCCGGCCAGCAACUCAACGCGCUGCCGGACCAUUCGCCGCGGCUGCAGCCGGCCCUGACCGACCUGCGGCACCGAGCCCUGGAAGCCGGCAUCGCGAUCGCACCGCCGUCGCUCUCCGACUCCUUCCUACUGCGGUUUCUCCGCGCCCGAGAUUUCGACCUGGACCUGGCUUGGCGGUUAUUAAAAAACUAUUAUAAAUGGAGGGAAGAAUGUCCAGAAAUAAGUGCAGACCUGCACCCAAGAAGUAUCCUUGGCCUUCUGAAAGCAGGCUACGUUGGAGUCCUGAGAUCCAGGGAUCCCACUGGCAGCAAGGUUCUUGUCUACAGAAUCGCACACUGGGACCCAAAAGUUUUCACAGCUUAUGAGGCAUUUCGCUUAAGUCUGAUCACCUCGGAGCUCAUUGUCCAGGAUGUAGAAACUCAACGCAAUGGUGUCAAAGCUAUCUUUGAUCUGGAAGGCUGGCAGUAUGCUCAUGCUUUUCAAAUUACUCCGUCUGUAGCCAAGAAGAUUGCAUGUGUACUUACAGAUUCUUUUCCAUUGAAAGUUCGUGGCAUCCAUUUGAUAAAUGAGCCAAUAGUUUUUCAUGCUGUCUUUUCUAUAAUUAAACCAUUUCUGACGGACAAAAUUAAGGAACGGAUUCAUUUGCAUGGAAUCCAUUACAAGCCAAGUUUACUACAGCACUUUCCAGACAUUCUCCCUCUCGAAUAUGGUGGUGAAGAAUUCUCCAUGGAAGACAUUUGUCAGGAGUGGACAAAUGUUGUAAUGAAGUCUGAAGAUUAUCUGCACAGCAUUUCUCAAACCAGUUUGUGAGAAGUUUUUAAAAUGUGAAUGGCUUCCUAAUCAACGAUACAUGAGGAGAAUGCUCCCUGAUUACUACAUGAAAGAAUAAAAAAGCUCAAGGGAGGGAAGAGAAAGGAAGAAAGAAAAUGAGAUAAUCUUUAAAGGUAAUUAAUGGUUGAUUGACAUUUUGAAAGUACAAAAACCCUUUCGACAUCGACAACAUGGGUAUUGGGGGAGGCUUUUAUUUUUUAAUGAAGCUUCUUUACCUUUGAAGUAACUAAUGGCGGUACACCUUAAAAGCAGAGUAGAGGUUCUUGAUUUUGGCCCUUAAAAAGAUAACAUAAAAAGGAUGUCUGUAUGUUUCUGGAAAUGGUUUCAUUAUUGCAAUUUUGCUGAUUACAUUACUUUAAUAAAAAGUAUAUACUAUAAUCCACCAUAAAAAUAUCAGUAAAAAUGGACUGAUAAUUAAGAACUAUUAACACGCAGUUUGGAUGGCUGUCAGAUAGUUAAAAUUCAGAUUAGUUAUUUUUGUGCACCAGUAAAAUAGUUCAUCUCAGGGAAAUUCUGUUUUCAUACAUUUGCACAAAAGAAACUCUUGAGUGAUGAAUCUAUAUGCUAGAAGCCAUUGAAUGUAGCAUCUAGAGGUGUCCUUGAAAUUAGUCAUAUAGAUAUAAUUGGGAAACAAAAAUAAUGUAUCAUUUCAGAGCUGGAAUAAUAUUUAAUUCUUUCAUACCUGAGCUCUACUUUUAAUUGAACAAUAACAACUAAACAGUGGAAAGGAAAUGUUUACAUUUUUAAGAUUGCUGUACAUUAUAUAUGAAAUUUUCAUGAAAUGUAUUUAGAUUUUACUAUUAUAUCAGAAUAUUCUAAUAAAAUCCUAUAAUUCAUAUUUGCUUUAAAAAUUAGUUAUAUGACAUUAUGACAUUUAUACUGUAGUUUAUGCCUAAGAACAUUUCAUUUAUUGAGAAAGAUAUAAUCUCAGUCCUUAUUUAGCUUCCAAUGUAUGAUAUAAUUUUUAAACUUAGUGCCUUAUAAUGUCUUAAUUUUAUAUUAAACUUGAAAAUAAAGAAUAAAAGUUGAACAUCUGUUGAACACUUGUGAAACGAGUUGAGUUUCAAGUUUAAUCACAUAAUAGCAUCAUUGUGAAAGGAUAUAUGAAGGAUGUUUUUCUUUAUAAGAAAAUUAGUGUAAUCAGGUGAACUGAUAUUUAUGAUUCUUUAUACAUAUAUCUGUGAUAAAAUUUAAAGCAAUUUUGUAUGUUCUUUAAAGAACAUGUUUGAUUUGGUUUAGCAUUGGGAAGCCAACUUUAUUAUAAUUUUAAUUUAAAAAUUAUAUCCGGUUUGUUUACUAAAAAUAUUUUGAAGUCUUUACAAAAGUCAUAAAAUUUUUAUGAGUUAAAAAUUUAAAAUUACACUGGAACAAAACUAGCUGAAAAGAACAAAAGCAACAAAAAAUGUAAUGGUCUUAUCCAAAUUUCGGUACUAAAAGAAUUACAGCAUAUAGUUCUACUUUGUUUGCACUUAGAUGCUUCAGAAUACUCCUAUGACUCUAUGACCAAAUUAUUAGUGUGCACACAAAUAAAAAAGAUUAUUCUGUCACUUAAGUAUGGUACCUUAGUGACGUGGCUACCAAUUCAAUUAAGAAUUAAGUCAAUACAUGUAGCUAGCUAUCUUUUAUGAUGAACUUUGUAAUAUGUGUAUAAUAUUCAACAAUUCAAAUAUUCAAUUUAGAAGAAUAUUUUAUAAAAUGUGGAAUAAACAAUUUUAGUAGCUACAAGAUAAAUAUCUAUCUUAAUUGUGAUUGUACCAGAGGAUCCUUUAAAAGAUCUCUAAAAUGUUCUCAAUGUGUUACUUAACUGCACAAUACUUUGUUUUACUCUUGUUCAAAUGAAAAUAAACAUCUUUCUCAUAAA